AUCGCGAGACCGCAGCUGUCAGUCACGUGCCUGUCGUCAGCAGAUGCGAGCUGUGAGAUACACAUCGAUGGGGAGUUUAAUCAGUUGUUGAUGACUGGUGUAGUACAGUGAUUUACCCUGGUGAAGUGAAAUGUCCAGCACAGCCAUGAAGAAGAAGGUGCUGUUGAUGGGGAAGAGUGGAUCAGGAAAGACCAGCAUGAGGUCCAUCAUAUUUGCCAACUACAUCGCCAGAGACACUCGCCGCCUCGGAGCCACAAUUGACGUGGAGCACUCUCACGUGAGGUUUCUGGGUAAUCUGGUGCUGAACCUGUGGGACUGCGGCGGACAGGACACGUUCAUGGAGAACUACUUCACGAGUCAGAGAGACAACAUCUUUCGUAAUGUGGAGGUGCUGAUCUACGUGUUUGAUGUGGAGAGCCGCGAGCUGGAGAAGGACAUGCAUUACUAUCAGUCGUGUCUGGAAGCCAUCCUGCAGAACUCUCCUGACGCCAAGAUCUUCUGUCUGGUGCACAAGAUGGACCUGGUGCAGGAGGACCAGAGAGACCUGAUAUUUAAGGAGCGAGAGGAUGAUCUGAAGAGACUGUCUCGGCCGCUGGCCUGCACCUGCUUCAGGACGUCGAUAUGGGACGAGACGCUGUAUAAAGCCUGGUCCAGCAUCGUCUAUCAGCUCAUUCCUAACGUACAGCAGCUCGAGUGUAACCUGCGCAACUUUGCUCAGAUCAUCGAGGCAGACGAAGUCCUGCUUUUCGAAAGAGCUACUUUCCUGGUGAUCUCUCACUAUCAGUGUAAGGAGCAGCGAGACGCUCAUCGCUUCGAGAAGAUCAGUAACAUCAUCAAGCAGUUCAAGCUCAGCUGCAGUAAGCUGGCCGCCUCUUUCCAGAGCAUGGAAGUGCGCAACUCAAACUUCGCCGCCUUCAUCGACGUGUUCACGUCCAACACCUACGUCAUGGUGAUCAUGUCAGACCCGUCCAUACCGUCCGCUGCCACGCUCAUCAACAUCAGGAACGCCAGGAGACACUUCGAGAAGCUGGAGCGUGUGGACGGGCCCAAGCACAGUCUGCACAUGCGCAUGCGCUAGCCUCGCUGCAUCCAGUGUGACCUCACGCGCAGUGACCCCAGAUGAGCCAGAGACUCCCUCCUGUCUGCUGACUUCACCGCAUCCAGGGUUUCUGCUGAGAAACUAAGGCACCUUCUGUUAACAUGUUUGUUUUCCUCGCUGAUGUAGUUCUUAAUCAUAAACCACGGGUCGAGGGCUUGAAUAAGGUCAUGACCCCUUAAUUCUGAUUUCUGUGCCAUACAGUGACUGCUGAGUUACUGAUAGUCAGAAAGCUAGAUCAUUUAGACAUGAAGCAUGAUCAGCUUGCUGUACUGUGUGUGCAGAUGUUGAAAAUCUGUGACUAAAACUGAUCUUUCUAAACUAACAACUUGAUCUACAAAUUGUUGUAUUAUUAUUCUCAAUAAAACAGAUUGAUCUGUAA